AAGUGUUGGCAACACUGGUCGUCAAAUUUGACAAAUAGGAAGUGAAAAAAUUUACUCUUGACGAAAAAGUUAGUAUUUUUGUGUGAAAAAAAGCGUGAAAACAGGCAGAAAAGAUGGGGAAAGGCUUUAAUAACUACAUGUGCAAGAAAUUCUUCCAUCCAGCCUCUCGGGACAAUCUCAAGAGGGUCUGGAUGGCUGAGCAGCAGGCGGAGGCGUAUAAAAAGAAGCAGGAGGAGCUGCGAGCUCAGUAUGAGAAGGAACAGGAUCUCCAUGAGAACAAGGCAAUGCUCAGCAAAGAGAGCAAAGACAAACUCAGCAUCAAUUUCAUGUACGAGCCUCCUCCGGGUGUCCGGAAGGAACGUGAGAAGGAGGAGAAUGAGCCAGAGUACAAGUUUGAGUGGCAGAGAAAAUACAAUGCCCCUCGGGAGAGCUACUGCAAGGGCGACACUGAGAUCCGGGAUCAACCAUUUGGGAUUCAAGUGAGGAAUGUCCGGUGUAUAAAAUGUCACAAAUGGGGCCACAUUAACACGGACAAGGAAUGCACCAUGUACAGCAUCUCAAUGAGCGAAGCCCGAAAGAUCCAUUCAGAGCAGGAAGCUCAAUCGAUCAUGGCCAAGGGAGUCCUGGAGGAGCAGAUGAAGGAAGACGGCUUGGCCAUGCGAAAGAGUGCAAUGAGCCUUCAGAGUUUCCAAUCCGGACGCCUCCAUCAACUCAUUCCCAGCGAAGAUGAGGAGGACGAAACUGCCAAACAGCCAGAAAUGGCCUUUCUGAAAUCCCUCACAACAGACCAGAAGAAAAAACUCCUCCGGAAACUGGAGAAAAUCGAAAAGCGCAGUCGCAAGAAGAAGAAAUCCAAGAAAACCCGACGAGAUUCCAGUUCAGACUCCUCCUCGGGCGAAGAAAAGAAACGCUCCCGGAAGCACAAGCGACGCUCCCGGAGUCGCUCAAGGACACCAAGGAGGCACAAGAAGUAGCCAGGAAAAAAUGGGAAUAAUUCUGUCGCUUUAAUCCAAAAUGUGUUGAUUUCUCUUUUUUUUCCAUUUAUGAAGCUUCAGUGUGUGAUUGAUUCUGGGAUUAAUUUUCGCAUCCGGGAUAUCUAGUUGCGCAGUGCUCCUCCGCUAACGGCGUUGGUGGACGUGUUGCUGGAUCCCGAUGCCACGCAGAUCUCCGCUGUGUGAUUACCACUAUCACGGGGCUGAUUCUGGUGGAAUGACAAAAUAUUUUCAUUGAGAAAAUUUUUUAAAGAAAAAUAAAUUGAUUUUGUAAAUUAUUGCGUAGUAUUAUGCCCAACGCACAAUAAAUUUUGUCUUGUAAAUAUAUUUUUGAAAUUUCCUGUGAGAGUGAGCGAGAUGACUAUAUUUAGAUCUCUUUCACUCUCACUGACAGGUCAAAAACAUGUUUACUAAACGAAAGUUAUUGUGCGUUGUUCAUUAUUUAAAAAAAAAUAAUAAAUAAAAAUAAACAAUAAAAAA